AUGGAGAACAAGGGAGAUCAAAACUAUAUCUCCGGGCUGUUCGCCGUGAACAAGCCUAGUGGACAUCUCACGUCAGCUUCCAUCACGAACAGGGUCAAAUACCUCCUAUCCAAAAGCCCCAACUUCGCGAAAGAAUGGCCAGGAGGCAAACGUAGGAGCAAGAAGACCUCAUACGCGAAGCUCGGACACGGUGGAACCCUCGAUCCAUUGGCGAGUGGAAUCAUGGUCCUCGGUGUCAACGAUGGUACAAAGGAACUCUCGAGUAUGCUCAACUGUUCCAAGGAUUACACCGCUACCGUCCUCCUCGGCUCCGCAACAGACACCUACGACUCCCAAGGAAAAAUCGUGACCCGCGCCCCUUGGGAACACAUCACCCCCGAAAUGAUCGACGAAGCCCUCGCCAAAUUCCGUGGUCCAAUCCUGCAAAAACCGCCCAUCUACUCCGCAUGUAAAGUCGACGGGAAGAAAUUGUAUGAGUAUGCCCGUUAUGGUAUCCCGUUGCCGAGGCCGAUUGAGGCUAGACCGGUUACGAUCUUUAAGUUGGAAUGGAGUGGGUGGAAGAAUGGGGGGGAGCAUGAGUAUUGUGAGCCGGAGGAGGCGGACGAGGAGACGAAGAAGCAGGCUAAGAGGACCGCUACUACCUCAGAGGAGACCCCCGCGCCAAAAAAGCCCUCCUCAGCACCCUGCUUCCAAAUCCACAUGUCCUGCUCCGGCGGAACCUACGUCCGCACAAUCGCCCACGACCUCUCCCUCGCCCUCGGCUCCGCAGGCCACGUCGUCCAACUCCACCGAUCCCGACAAGGCCCCUUUGAUAGCUCGGACGCGAUUCCAUGGGAGUGGUUUGAUGGGAAGAACGGCGAAGGGAAGAAGUGGGGGGAUGAGGCGUUGGAUAAGUGGGAGGAGGCAGUGGUGGGGGCUUGUAGGAAGUGGCGGGAGGCGCAAGAUAGCGGGGGGAUGCUGAAUGUGAAUCCUGGGGCUGCGAAGGUUGGGGACGUUGCUGAUGGUGCUGCUGCUGCGCCUGAGGUUCCGGCGGUUGCGUCUGAGGCACCAGUUGUGUCUGGGGAACAGGCUAAGCCCACGAGCCCGAGGGCUCAGAAGCACUUGUUUGUUUGA